AUGGCCAGCCGAAAUAAACGCUUGGCCCUAGGAAUUCUUACACUUUUAUGGACUGUGUUGGGUGCUGAAGGCAAAGAAGAGGAAGAGCAGACCUGUCGGUUGCUGGGCAAGUUUGAUUUGAAUGGGUACGUAGAUGCCGACAACCAUUCAGUUGUUAUUGGAGGAAUGUUUCCUAUUCACUCCAGGACCAUCCCAGUCGAUGAGUCUAUUCUGGAACCAGUAUCAGCAAAAUGUGAAGGGUUUAACUUUCGAGGAUUCCGCUGGAUGAAGGCCAUGAUCCACACAAUCCGGGAGAUCAAUGAGAGGGAGGAUAUUUUGCCCAAUGUCACUUUGGGCUAUCAGAUCUUCGACACCUGUUCCACCAUCUCCAAAUCUGUAGAAGCAGCUCUGGUAUUCCUUACAGGGCAGGAGGAAAAUAAGCCCAAUUUUAGAAACAGCAUGGGAGCUAUGCUGGUGGGAAUUGUUGGAGCAGGAGGAUCAUCCUUAUCCAUUGCUGCUUCGAGGAUUCUAGGAUUGUAUUAUUUACCUCAGGUGGGCUAUGCCUCAACCUGCUCAUUUCUUAGUGACAAAUACCAGUUUCCUAGUUUUCUUCGUGUGAUAGCCAGUGAUAAGAUCCAGUCGGAAGCCAUGGUAAAACUUAUCCAACACUUCGGAUGGGUCUGGAUCGGUGUCAUAGCAGCUGAUGAUGACUAUGGAAAAUAUGAGGUAAAAACUUUUAAGGAAAAAAUAGAGGAUGCCAACCUCUGCCUCGCAUUCUCUGAAGUCAUCCCCAAAGUCUAUUCCUAUGAGAAAAUGCAAAAAGCUGUAGAUGCUGUGAAGACCUCCACCGCCAGGGUCAUUGUGCUUUAUGCAUCUGAUAUCGACCUCAGUCCUUUUGUGCUGGAAAUGGUUUACCAUAACAUAACCGACAGGACGUGGAUAGCCAGCGAAGCGUGGGUCACCUCCGCCCUUAUUGCAAAGCCUGAAUAUUUCCCGUAUUUUGGUGGAAGUAUUGGAUUUGCAAUACCAAGAACUGAUAUACCAGGAUUACGAGAAUUUCUUUACGAUGUACAUCCUAGCAAGAAUCCAAGGGACGUCCUGACCAUCGAAUUCUGGCAAACUGCUUUUAACUGCACUUGGCCCAACAGCAGCGUUCCAUACAAUAGUGACCACAGAGUGAAUAUGACUGGUAAAGAAGACAGAUUGGAUGCCGUGUCUGAUAAAUUCUGCACCGGAGAAGAGAAGUUGGAAGAUCUUAAAAACACCUAUCUGGAUGUGUCUCAGCUAAGAAUUACGAACAACGUCAAACAAGCCGUGUAUUCGAUCGCUUAUGCUCUACAUGAUCUAAGCAGUUGUGAAGAAGGUCGUGGGCCCUUUGACCCAGGAAAUGCCCGUGCAUAUUUACCUGAUUUUGAUGCUUGGCAGCUGAUGUACUAUCUUCAUUCACUGAAGUUCACAGCCCAUGAUGGAAGGACAGUAAACAUUGGUCAAAAUGGAGAUUUGACUGGUUACUAUGAUAUCCUGAACUGGCAAUUAGAUGAUAGUGGAAAUAUUGCCUUUGUAAAGGUUGGAGAGUAUGUAUUCACAGAUUCUAUGUUUGAACUGGUGAUCAGAAGAAACGCCACAAUAUUUUGGAACACUGAAUCGUCAGAGCUUCCGCAUUCCGUGUGUACUGAUGUGUGUCUUCCCGGGACCCGGAAGGGCUUUCGGCAGGGGGAACCAGUAUGUUGCUUUGACUGCAUCACGUGUGCUGAUGGACAUGUGUCACAGAAACCAGGUCAAAGAGAGUGUCAACGAUGUGGUGAAGACUACUGGUCCAAUACAACAAGGAACGAGUGUGUGCUGAAAGAGGUGGAAUUCCUCGCUUACAACGAGCCCCUGGGAUUCACACUGGUCAUUCUGUCCGUCUUUGGGGCGCUUGCGGUCUUGGCAGUGAUGGUUGUGUACGUGAUAUACAGGCACACUCCCCUGGUGAACGCUAACGACUGGGAGCUGAGCCUUCUCAUUCAGGCGUCUCUGAUCGUCAUACUGCUGUCAUCCAUGCUUUUCAUUGGCAAGCCACACACCUGGACCUGCAUGGCCCGCCACAUCACUCUGGCUCUGGGCUUUUCUCUUUGCCUGUCCAGCAUUCUUGGGAAGACCAUUUCACUGUUUUUAGCCUACAGAAUUUCCAAAUCCAAAACCCAACUCACAUCCAUACACCCCUUGUCUCGGAAAAUCAUCGUGCUAAUCUCUGUUCUAGUCGAGGCUGGCGUGUGCACAGCCUAUUUGGUGUUGGAGCCCCCAAGAGUAUACAAGAACAUGGAAUCUCAAAAUGUAAAGAUAAUUCUGGAAUGUAAGGAAGGGUCCAUGGAGUUUUUGUGCUCCAUCUUUGGGAUUGACGCCUUCCUAUCCUUGCUAUGCUUUCUUACAACCUUUGUGGCUCGCCAGUUGCCAGAUAAUUACUAUGAAGGGAAAUGCAUCACCUUUGGGCUGCUGGUCUUUUUCAUCAUCUGGGUCUCUUUCGUCCCGGCCUACUUGAGCACCAAGGGCAAGUUCAAGGUGGCUGUGGAAAUAUUUGCAAUCUUGGCAUCUAGCUAUGGUCUGUUGGGUUGUAUAUUUGCUCCCAAGUGCUUCAUUAUUUUGCUGAGGCCCAAGAGGAACACUGAUGAAAUUGUUGGUGGAAGAAUCUCCGUGACAGAUAAGAGUAUGCAACUGACUUCAGCUUCUGUGAGCAGUGAGAUUAACAACACCAUGGUAUCAACUGUUCUGGAGGAUUAG